CCUUAUUGGUGUCUAUAUAUGUUCAUUCUCCAGGGUUAAUGUUACACGGCAUGCUCUUCUUAAAGCAGCCAACAAUGAAGCCUCAACUAUUAGCGGAGCUGCUUGAAAUAUUCAGUAGGAAACCCACACCUGUUUCCAGGUAACCGAUGCUGGGCUUCUGAGCCGUGUCACAGUGUGUGUGUGUGCGCGCAUUCACCGCUGAAACUGCCUCUUUCAUCUACUUCACACUGAAUUCAAGGACUCGACUAGCAGCCCCGUUUCUCUUUUCAUUCAAAGUGUCAGCAUAAAGACGAUGAGGAGAAGCUUGUUGUCAUUUUGCACUGAAAACUGACUGUCUCUUACAGAUGGAACAGGAAUAUUGUUAGAGAUUUAGAUCUAAACUAAGGCUGGGAGUUUGUUAAUGGUGCCUUAGAGAUACCUUGGAUUGUUUUAUGAAUUUUUGCACACAUCUGAGGAUUUUUUGAAGGUGUCCAUCAUGAAUCCCAUGUGGAAAGUCUACAAGAGUAAAGUCUUGAAGACCCUCAACCCAGAUAUGGAGGAGGAUGCGGUGGAAGAGCAGGUCAGUGAUGCGGCUGAAGAUAUAAUACCCAUCCAGUCUGAUGAAGGACCCAGUGCAAUGACACAGCUCGCCAAGAGAAUGCAGGGAGCCGGAGCGAAAGGUUGGAAAAGUGUUUCAUCUCUAUUCACCAAGGAUGAUGAACACCAGCUUCUGGAGGCAGAGAACCAGCCGGCAGCAGAUCAUCCAUUGGCGGUGAAGCCGGAGGAGCCUCCACGACCCAACAAGCGCAACACUGGAUUCUGGGAUAACUUCGCGACUAAGUGGCACCAAGCAGCUGCGAUGAAGCAAGCGGAGGCGGCGGAGGCAGGAGGUGACGGCAGCCAGGAGGUGGAGAAUGAGAGCGGAAGAGCCGAAGACUGCGACAACCAGGUCGGGCAGGAGGGCGAGGAGGGCGACGGCGGCGCGGGCAACAGCUUCUCCAAGUACGCCACACUCGGAGGAGGAAGUGAAGACACACCGGCCUUCAAGUGGAACUUUGUCACCAGCAAACUGGCUGAGCUGAAGACCAAAAGCAUGGCCAAGAGCAACUAGCCAACAGCGGUUGUAGAGAACUAGAGAAGGGUUAUCACAGUUCAGACCACAGGGGCCACAGUGCUUCAUAUGAGCCUUAUCGUGCAGAUGUGAUCGCAUUUCACCCGUUUAAAAGCAUCGACCGUGACCGACACUGUGGCCUCUUUUGGCCUGGACUGGUUGGCAUUCGUGUGGGAACUGCCGGUUACGGGAAACUCACACAAACGUCUGUUAUUAAAGGUGAUGUGUGUCAUUUUAAGAGAUAAAAUACUGAAUCUGAAUUUGAAGCAGCAGAAAUUGCAUUCAAAAACACUGUAAAACAUCAGGAAAUAUUACUUAUUAAUAUCUGAAGCCUGUAGAUAAAAAGUUUAUACAAGUUUAUAUAUUUAAUAAUAAAGUGAGGCUUAUUUAACAAGUGAAAUCAGUUCAAGUUAAGCACAAUAAUAACACCCUAGAAACAAUUUAUAAUCAUUAUUAUAUAAUCAUAUAAUCAUUAUUGUUGAGCAGAAAUUACACACUUCACUUUAAAGCUGCAGUCUGUAACUUUUGGCGCUCUAGCGGUUAAUAAACAGAACUGCAUGUAUUUGGCGGAAGAACAUUGUAGCCGGAACUACUUCUCUCUGUUUACGUCUAUGACGAGUCACGCAGGUACUGUGCUACUCCGCAGCGGUACGACCCGAACCAGUCUGAAAUAGUCAGAAUAUAAACACUUAUUAUAGGUGUACCGUAGUGAUUCAGGAUAAGACAAAAACACGGUUUGGAAAAUGGGUUCAUGAUGUACUUGCUCAUUAUAGCAUUUUUUUCACAUUUUGAACACAAAAAAGUUACAGACAGCAGCUUCAAAAAAAAUAAAACACUGUAAAACAUCAGGGAAUGAAUGAAGAGAAUGAAGUAUUAAUAUCUGAGGCAUAAAAUUUAACUUUUUUCUUUUUGUCAAGUGAAAUCAGUUCCCUACAAGCAAGGUUAAGCUCAAUAAUACCACAUAGAAACACCCUAGCAACUGGCCAGAAUAGCCUAGUAACACCAUAGCAACACCCCAUCAACUAUCUUGAACACCCUAGCAACGUCUGGCAAUCAGCCAGAGCACCCUAGCGACCAAAGACUGCAACUAGCCAAGUGAUCUAGCAGAAAAUGAUUGAUGUAAAUAAAAUAAAAAAAUACACAUCUGUGUGUCCUUUUUUUAUUUUCAUUGAUUUAUGUCAUAGGCAAUAAUAAAAAGCCCAACAUCAAAAUGAAAUGUGAUCUGAAAAAACCUAGAGGAACAAUCUCACCUUAAGAAAAGAGUAGUAUUGAAAUGAAUGAUUUUGCUAUUUUAUAUAAUGUAGAUCCUACAAUACUUUUUAUGUAUUGUAUAUUUAGAAAUGCAAUUGAUAAAGUUAGGGGUAUUUAUCAUUUAAUUUUAUUUUAUAGAUUUUAUUCUAUUUUAUUGGGUGAAGGUUUACAGAAUAUGUGUCCGGUGUAGUUCAUGCAGUGUUCUGAUUCAUAAUGUUUUGUUUUGCGUCUCCAGUUGAAGUCUAAUGUGAUGAGUGUAUAUGCACGAUAUCUCAAAGGUGCUUUGUGUCUUCUGUCCUUCCUUGUGUCUCCCUGCCUUUUGUUCAAAGUUUGCUCUGUUGUCAAAAGUCACAUUGAUUGAUUGAUUUUUUUUUCUGCUUUGAUGUUUUAUUUUAUGAUAUAAUAAAGUUCUGUUGCAAAAACAUGUCAUGAGAUUUUAAUAUAUUUAUCACAGGGGUUUGAGAGGG